GAUCUUUCUGAGUUGAAAUUCUAAGAAUGGCACCAGUAUCAGCUUUGGCCAAGUACAAGCUGGUGUUCUUAGGAGACCAAUCAGUGGGCAAAACCAGCAUCAUUACUCGCUUCAUGUAUGAUAAAUUUGAUAACACCUAUCAGGCUACAAUUGGUAUUGAUUUCCUGUCAAAAACAAUGUAUCUUGAAGAUCGAACUGUCCGUCUGCAGUUGUGGGAUACAGCUGGACAGGAAAGAUUUAGAAGUCUCAUCCCAAGCUACAUUAGGGAUUCCUCAGUUGCUGUCAUCGUUUAUGAUGUUGCAAGUCGGCAAUCUUUCUUAAAUACUUCAAAAUGGAUCGAAGAGGUUCGCACUGAGAGGGGUAGUGAUGUCAUCAUUGUCGUUGUUGGCAACAAAACUGACCUUGUGGACAAAAGGCAAGUCUCUGUAGAGGAAGGAGAAGCAAAAGCUCAGGAUCUUAAUGUCAUGUUUAUCGAAACCAGUGCUAAAGCCGGUUUCAAUAUAAAGGCUCUGUUUCGGAAAAUUGCUGCAGCAUUACCUGGAAUGGAAACACUUUCUUCAACCAAGCAAGAAGACAUGGUUGAUGUGAAUCUGAGGUCUACUACUGGAAAUGCAUCACAGUCCAAUUCUCAGUCAGGUGGAUGCUCUUGUUGAUGCAAUCUUGCCUUGGACUUUUUGGCAUCUAUAGUCCAUCUCAUGCUAUUUGGUGUUUUUGACUUUUUUCCACCCCGGAUCUGUAAAGUUACUGUAGCUUCUGUCUUUUCCUUGAUGUUCCAUUACCCUUUUAUAAAGUAUGGUUCUGAGCAUAAUCUUUGGAACACAAGCAGCUGAAUUGUUGAAAGGCAAGGAUCAAAGAAAUUGGAGACUGGUUAUGGUACUAGAAAUUUGGUAAAUUUUACUUGGCUUCAAUGGUUUUUGAUUAUGUUGACCCAGAACAAUAGAGUAAAUAGGAUUGGACCAAGUCCAUUAUACCUUUUUUGCUUGUAAAACAUGUGCAUUGGACAUCAAUAAUACUAUACUUACAAGAUAUACUUAUAAAGAUUUCCACAAAGUGAGGUGACAAAAAAAUGAAUGGAAGAGUGAAACAAAAAGUCAAACUUAUUAAUUCACUAUUUCAUUCAUUUUUUGCCACACUCACUGUAUGGAGAUCUGUAUAAAAUUUCUUUGUAAGUGUAGUAUACUCAUUGGACAUAUGUAUGAGUCAGUAUGACUGUUAUCGGGAUCUUUUAAUUGAGUAAUAAUAUACUUACAAACUCAUAUAUACAAAUUAUUGGGAUA